AUGGAAGUAAAAACGGAAGAAAUUUCUAAAGAUGAUCCACCAACUCCUAUGAGUUUACCAUUCAAGCCAGCAGAGCUUCCAAAAAGACCUACAAUUCCUCACUUACCUCUUGAAAAAGCAAAAAAAUACAUCCAAGAAUCAGGCGGCUCUGCCCCAAAAUCAUCUGGAAAGCCAGUUCAAUCAGAAACCUCACUCAAAGACUCCUCAGACUGGUCAAUUGACAAGUCUCCUUGGGGAUUUGAUCCGAAUUCAAUAAUGAAAGAGACUUCACCAAUCCUAAAGAACACAAAAUCUGACCAAAACUCCACUGAACUUAUUAACGAAAUUGAAGCUUUUUUGCAUGAUAUCAAAAAACAAACCACUGAAAGCAAGUCUUUAUCAUCUGGGUCUUAUAGAGACAAGCUUAAUCAAUUUAGAAAAGAUUUAGAAAUAAAACGGCAAGAAAAUAAAUAUAAAAAGGCAGAAAAGCCAGGUGAGAGUAGGCUACUUAAGCAUUUGGAGAAAAAUAUUAAAGAAGAUUUUAAGGAACUUCACCAGGCCAUUUCGCAGAUUUCGGCUAAAGAUGUGGUGUCAGUUAGAGGGAUAACAAACCCAAAUCCAAGCAUUGAAAUGAUAGGGAUCAUAUUUUUGUUAAUUUUUAAUCAACAAAUACCCAGAUUUCAUCCAUGGGAAGCUUUUGUACCUUUUAUAGCUCAGCCAGGACUUGUGAUUCAGAGGCUGAGGGCUUUGCCAUUAGCAAUUGAUAAUAAAGAAAUAGGUGAUGAUAUGAUGUAUCAAGUAAAAAAAUUAGUUAAAGAAAUAGAUCCAAAUGAAUUAGCUGAAUAUAAUUCGGCUCAGCUCUUAUAUCAAGUUCUCGUCGAAAUAAGCAAGUUUUGCAGAGUUUCUGUAUCAGAUUCCAGCAUCCCUCUUUCUUUAAAUACAGCUAAAGACGUUUCUAAGCCAGCCCCUAAAAACCCAUUUAAAGAAAAACCAAAGCCUCUACAGAUCCAAUCUAAACCUCAAUCAAAACCUACAUCUCCUGCACAACCUCUCAGCCCCAAAGAAAUAUUAGACUCAGAAAACCCUGACCUCAUAAAAAAGCUAAUCCAAGAAGAACAGCAAGCUGUAGUAAAGCUAAGGGGAGCUCAAAAAAAAGCUUAUUGGGAUGAAAAAAGAUUCACAAAGUCUGAAAUUAUCCUUGAAGAGAAGCUUCAAGAAGAAAGGGAAUUUCAAUAUGACAAAGCUAUGAAAGAUCAUUAUGAAAAACUUGACAGAGAAAAUGAAUUCAAAAUGCAGAAAGAAACCAAAGAAUUCCAAGAUGAAGAAUUUAUUGAUAAUAGGAUGAUCAAAAACUUUAAAAAAGAAGAAGCAAAAAUGGAAUUGCUUGAUGAUAUUCAAAGGGAAGAGGAAAGGAUUAAUUGGAAUUAUGAGAAACAGAAGAAGGAAAAGGAAAAGAAAAUAAAAGAGCUCAGAGAAGUAGCUGAAAAAGUGAAAGAGGAAAGAAAAAGUAAAAUAGAUAGCGCAAAAAUUAAGAGAAAGGAAGAAAAAAAGAAGAGAAAGGAGAAUGAGAUUUUUGAGCUCAAAUAUUUGUAUAUGAAAACUAUUCAAGAAAAGGAGCAAAUUUCGAAAGAAUUAGAAUUAUAUAAUAAACAAAAUAGAACAAGUUUAGUUUAA